AUAUUCUGGGAUUUUGAUCCCGUUGGUAUUUAUUGUUCUUCUUAGUUAGGUCGAACGACUUCACUGUGACCUCAUCGCACCUUUCCGUACGUCGUGAGGUGAGCUGUUUGGAACAAACACACCUGUCUCACAGGUACGUCAUACGUCACCGCGUGUACAAUGUAACAGAAUUAGCGGAUUGAUAUCCCCUCGCGUCUUAAGCGUGACGAGGGACCGGCGCCCUAUUUUCUCUCCGUGUAAACACGGCGCGUGGCGGGACACGGGACUCGACCCCGGUGGAGGAGUACUACACAGACGGGUUGUACUCCAGCAGCAGGGCGGGGGGAGGAGGGGGGAGGGCGAGGAGUUGAAAGCGCCGUAAAACACGUGAGGCUCAUGUGACGGUGUCUGUGUCUCCAGCGCAGAGACGUGCCUGCAGUCACAGGGUUUAUUUAACACGUAGUCAAAGCGCCGCCGCGCAGCCCUCUCACGCACUCCCGACCUCCGGCUCACCGCGGGACCUCCCGGACCUCCCGCACCUCCGGAGAUCUACGUUAUUCCCUCCGAUCCGUCGGACCGGAGCUCCUUGUGCCACAGCAGCGUUUUGAGCGCCUUCCUUCGGGUGGAAACGGCUGAGCGACAUGGAGAGGAUUACCAGCGCGCAGCCGCCCCCCUCCCUGGAAGGGGUGGAUUUCUCCAUGUAUGUGUACAAGCCCCGGAGGGGCAUGAAGCGCGGCGGGGAUGACAGCAAGGAGACCUACAAGUUGCCCCACCGGCUGAUCGAGAAGAAACGGCGCGACCGGAUCAACGAAUGCAUUGCGCAGCUCAAGGAUUUGUUGCCAGAACACCUGAAGCUCACCACGCUGGGGCAUUUGGAGAAGGCCGUGGUGCUGGAGCUCACUCUGAAGCACGUCAAAGCCCUCGGUGGCAUCCUGGAGCAGCAGCAGCAGAAGAUCAUGGCGCUGCAGAACGACCUGCAGACCGGUGAUCACGGCGGCGGCGGAGGCGAGGGGAUGUUCCGCUCCGGCUUUCACUUGUGUGCGAAAGAGGUCCUCCACUACCUGACCAGCCAAGAGAGCAGCAGGGACCUGACCCCCUCCCACGUCAUCAGCCACAUCCAAAAGGUCACGGCGGACGUCCUGCGUGAUCAGGCCGUCCCUCAGGCGGCGGACGGCCUGAGCCAGCAGCCCGCCGGAGAGCCCCAGAGGGUGUACGAGGGCUCGGCCAAGAACUGCGUCCCCGUUAUCCAAAGGACUUGCCCUCACGCGGCCUGCGAGCAGAGCGGCAGCGACACCGACACCGACAGCGGCUACGGCGGCGAGCACGAAAAGCGCGAAGCCAAGGCUCAGUGGUCAGAGAGCCAAGCCAGGGAGGGCGAGCGCAUGUGCGUCGCGGCACCUGGCGCCAUCAAGCAGGAGGGCGACGAGCCGCGGGCCAAGAAGUCCAAGUGCGACCCCUCAGAGGACGAGACUCUCGCCGGCCGCGUGGCGGAAGGAACGGGCGGCUACGUGAGCUUCUCCCCCAACCAGCCCCCCUUCUGCCUCCCCUUCUACCUCAUCCCGCCUGCGGCUGCAGCCGCCUACCUGCCCAUGCUGGACAAACGCUGGUACCAAGGGGGCAUGCCCGCCAUGUACCCGGAAACGAGCAGGACGCCGGAGGCGUCUCUGAGGGCGGGCUCGCCGGCGUCCUGCUACCAACGCCCUGUGGGCGCCGCCGCUCUGCACAACCUGGAGGCCAAAGACUGAGCGGAAGGCCUCCAUGUUGGCAAGGUCGCCCUCUGGAUGGAGUCCCUUCAAACCUCAGCCGCUGAUUGGCCCGUCAGAAGGCGAGGUGUCACCGCCGUCUCAGCAUCCCGCACACUGAAACCGGACUUUAAGGGGUUGACCCGGCUCUGAAGCACUGUGAUGGGUUCAAAGAUGGCGGCGCCACUCAGUGCUGAAUGUCAGAGGUAAACAACGAAUGUAAGGCGCCCCCCCCACCCCCAAAAAAAACAAAAAUGAUUUGGACCGACUUCCUUUGCACACACACCACCCUCCAAUGAAUGUAAAGGUUGAACAAAAUGCUGCUUGAAUGACCUUUGACCUGCUGUGGAUCUGCUUUGGCCUCUAGCUGCAGCGAACCACCGUUUAGAAUGUUACCAAAAAGCAAAGCAGCAGACAAGUCGGUGGAGACGCUUCCGCCCUCGAGCGGCGAGCGGCGUUCCCGGCGCUCUGAGAAUUCAGGGUGUUGUCCCCGAGGUGUGCCACUCCCGUCUAUUUUUAAAAGUGAAGUGAAAGAUUUCAUUUGUGACUCAUGACUAUUUGUGCAUCUACACGGGGAUCCUGUGAAGUAACGUCUUGUAAAUGGUUCUUCUUUUUGCUCCUGCUCCUCGUUCAUCUCUAUUUUUGAUACGUGUAUCGCCAUCGCGACCCGAUGAAGGCCGAGGCGCUCGCUUCAACCAGAUUAGCAUCUCGCCCACAAAUUCCCAGUCAAGUUAAGGCCUGAUUUUAGCUCCUUCAUGUUGCCUUCGCACACACACACCCACGCACACAGACACACAACCACGGCAGGUGUUUCAUGUAUUUUUGCUUUAUAUGUUGUGUCUGGGGCAAAAAAAGAGUGAAUGUAAAGUUCAAAGAAAAUUAAUAGUUUUGUAUAAAGACAGGUACUUGGGAUUUUUUUUUUAUAUGUAACAAUGUUUGUACAUAUUUUGUAUAUAAAGUAUUAUUGAUAUAUAUUAAUAAAGCUUCUUUUUCCUCCCCCUGUG